AUGGCUGACAGCGACGGCAUUGACAAAGACUGGGCUCGCAAGUAUAUCUUGGACCCUCUAACUGCCCCUGAGCCCAGCGAAGAGACUGGCCUUGGAUCUUCACAUUACAACCCCCAUCGCAUCUCAGUGCAGGCUCUGCCAUCACAUACUCGCCAGCGACCGAACUCAAGUUCAACCUCAGGCUCACGAAGCUCAAACUCAAACCUUCGCGGUUCAUAUCCCGCAGCGAACGCUGAUCACACUCUCAGCCUAAGAAAGCGGCUUCCUCCUCCACCCUCAGCGAGCCCGGAUCCACCCAGUCUUGGGAGCAAUUGCCGCCCAAUGAUGCACAGCUCUGUCGCGGCGAACCCGGAGGACGAUUUCCAUCCGACGAAUCCGUUUGCUUCACCACAGCCCUCCUCUAGCAAAGUCCUCGGGAGACACGCUUCUAUGAACCCGCACAACCACAGUGCCUCAGAGUCGGUCAAUUAUAACCAGCCUGGAGCUCAUAGACAAGGCCACAAUCGCAGCCGCACUCAAUCUCUUGGCGAGCGCUUCCCUGGAGAUAUGUCGCAUCGUCCCCUGGACAUAAUCAGGAGCGAUACCCGAGCCGCUGACCGCCACCGCCGCCACCGGCCUCGCGUCUCUGAAACUGACAUCAUUGAUACUCUUGAUACGAUCGGGGGCAUAUAUCACCACGGCGGGCCAUACGAUGCCACCCUCCGGAGCCGAAACCUCGAUCCGAGAACAUCGCCGGUUGCUGCGGUGCAGGAGUCAAACAUGGAGGCCUUGCGAGCCACGCCUCGGGAAUACGUCAUGGACAGUCUCCGGCAUCACGUUCCCCUCCAGGGUACUUCGACUAUUCCCUCUGGAGACUUUGAUUAUCGUGGUUCUCGGAUGAGUUAUGAAGAAGGCGCCGAUCUCAUGAGGGAACCCGAUGCUCCUGGUGGCCCGUACAAGCGCUGGGCCGACACUAAAUACCAUCCGGACGACCUCAAAGGAAAAGGAGAGCCGUCUUACUCGCUUGAGCGAGCGCUAAAGGAGAAGAAGCGUGCCAAGAAUGGAGAGCCUGAUGAAAUUGAGAUGCAAUCCGGUCUUCACAGUCGCAAUCGCCAUUCUAAAACGUCCAAGCAUCAGCGUAGCAUCACUGUUGCACUGCAUGGAACCUCUUCUUCUACUGGCAACGCUUAUAACAACAACGAUCUCCAGCGCCGGAACUCGACUGGUAAAAAAAUAAGCGACAGUCUGAAACGACGAUGGGGCAGUAUCCGAGGCAGGAAGUGAUACUGCUUCUUUAUACCCACAACACACGAAUUUUGCGGGCUUGAACCAACAUGAGGUUUCGAUGCCCUUUUGUUUUACCUUUCAUUCAUUAUAUUGGGUUCUCAUUAUUGUUCUAUUUCUGGCGGCGUUCGAUAUCAAGGCUGGCCAUUUCCGUGAGUGGAUUUUUAUAUUACGGAUCGCCUCAUUCCUUCUGGAUGGCUUUCCAUUUUGUGGGCAUUUUGAUGCAUGAUGGGGUUUUCUACUGGUUGGGUGGCUUUGUUUCUUUGGGAUGGGUUACACGUUGGAAUGAUUUGAACGAGGAAAAUAGACCAAAGUGGCAACCUUUAUCAACUUUUUCUCCGACAGCAAGGAGACGGCGUCACAGGUUUUCGGGUGGGCAGGUUAUAGAGCGGGAUGGUACGGAAGCAUGCAAUGCCAGCCAUAUGAUGGGUUUCUUUUUGUGCGAUAUUUGAGAGGAAGCAAUAUUACCUCGGCAGAAUGUGCAAAUAUCCGGAUAGAUUUCUCAAAACUAGUGAAUUGGCAGUUCUGUGGGCUCUUGUGUGUGUUAGUUUCUAGAUUGAUAACCAAAAUUGACAAAUGAUUAAAUU